GAAAAGGAGAGAGCGAGAGAGAAACUAAAUAGAUUCAGGCACCAACAUUACCUACCUGCUCGAGCGAAAUACGGGGAGGACGCUCAAAUACGCGCGCGUCUACGCGCACUCGCCGAGUAGCAAGACAAUAUAAGGCAAGAAAUAAAAAGCAACAUUGGAAUUGUUUUGUUUUCAACACGAAGGAUAUUCCUUAAAAAUUUAAAUCGAAGAAUACAGAUUUACUGAAAAAAAGCAACAGCCAUGCAUCUAAACAGAGAAGAAGGGAACAGCAAAGGGUCUCUAUCUAUCAGUGUGUUCCUAGUAUCUCUGGGGCUGACGGUGUGUGCCGUGUGGCUCGUAGCUCUGUGUGGAGUCUGCACCUGGUGUCAACGCAAACUGGGGAAGAGGAACAAGCCUGGUGUGGAAGCAGCCAGCACACCAGAUUCAGUUCAGAUUCGUGGCCGAGGGGAAAACAAAGCCAUCAAUGAUCUAGACAGGGACUUUUGGAAUAACAAUGACAGCAGCAACGUGCAGCAGAGAUGGAGCUCCUACCCGCCCAAGGAGUUCCUCUUAAACAUGUCCCCCUAUGCCCCGUACGGAGACCCUCGCCUCACGCCCAAUGGGGUGGAGAAGGGGGAUGGGGGCGGGGCUGGGUGUGGGAGCGGGGCAGGUCCCAGUCGCAGUGACAGCGUGAGAAGCAUAGUGACGGGGCUGGGCCCUGGCAGCAAGGCUGGGCGCUGGCAGACGGUCCAGAGCCACAUGCACGCCGGAGGCCUGAGGCCCAGAAAUUUUGGGGACCCCUCCCUCUCAGCCGCCUCUACCCUGGAGCACAUUCCAUCCUCUGCAGCAGCCCGUCCUCGUCCCCUGGUGCGACAGCAGAGUCUCCAGCAGCCUCUCAGCCACCAGCCCCCUCCGGGCCCCAAUGACCCCCCAGCCACCUCCCAGAGCCUGGGCCAGCUGCACACAGGGCCCGGGGGCGGGGGGCACCGGGGAGGCCCACGGGGGGUGCGGGGGAGUCCGGCGGGGACAGGUGCUUCCCGGUACAGAGGAGCAGGAGGAGGACGCUCCAGGUCCAACCCAGGCAGCUGGGACCACAUGAUGGGACAGAUCCGCAACAGAGGACUGGAUGUCAAGUCUUUCCUCGAGGGGAAGAUGGUUGUUCUGUCUCUAGCGAUCGGGCUGGCUGAACAAGAUGACUUCGCCAACCUCCCAGAUCUACAGGAAGCACCAGCGUGCCAAGAAAACUCAACUCCACCGGACAAAUCAAGCAGGAGCCUGGGUAAACCUGGGAGCCAGACCCCAGAUGAGGCAGGCCGCCUCGGGAACUCCUCCGUCACAGACCUGGCCAACUCUGUCACCACCAGCGACAUUCACAUGCUCUCUCCGGGCUCAGAAGAGGAGACAGAAGGGCCUGUGGUUGAGAAGCUGGGCCGGAUUCAGUUCAGUGUGGGCUACAGCUUCCAGGACUCCACCCUGACCGUCAAGAUCCUCACGGGCCAGGAGCUCCCCGCCAAGGACUUCUCUGGCACCUCAGACCCCUUCGUCAAACUCUACCUGCUGCCUGACAAGAAGCACAAGCUGGAGACCAAGGUCAAGAGGAAGAACCUCAACCCUCGCUGGAACGAGACCUUCCUGUUUGAAGGGUUCCCCUAUGAGAAGGUGAUCCAGAGGACCCUCUAUAUGCAGGUGCUGGAUUACGAUCGUUUCAGCAGGAACGACCCCAUCGGGGAGGUGUCCAUCCCCCUUAACAAGGUGGACCUGGGCAACCAGCAGACCUACUGGAAGGAGCUGAAGCCCUGCAGCGACGGCAGCGGGAGUCGAGGAGACCUGCUGGUGUCUCUGUGCUACAACCCUCAAGCUAACACCAUCACUGUGACCAUCAUCAAAGCCCGCAACCUCAAAGCCAUGGACAUCGGAGGCACCUCCGAUCCAUAUGUGAAGCUGUGGCUGAUGCACAAGGACAAGCGUGUGGAGAAGAAGAAGACGGUGACAAUGAAGUGCUGUCUGAACCCCGUGUUCAACGAGUCCUUCCCCUUCGACGUCCCCGCCCACGUGCUCCGAGAGACCACCAUCAUCAUCACCGUCAUGGACAAGGACAAGCUCAGUCGCAACGACGUCAUCGGCAAGAUCUAUCUCUCGUGGAAGAGUGGUCCGGCGGAGGUGAAGCACUGGAAGGACAUGAUGGGUAAACCUCGUAAUGCCGUGCAGCAGUGGCAUGCCCUCAAGGCCUGAUACUGUAGGUCCAGUCACAUCCACCCAGACCAUCCCAGCCCCUUGCCCUGCCCUCCCACCCUGCUGUUAUGCACAAGGCUGACUCGCUGCAGAACAUGGGUACAAAUAGCCAUCCAACGCAUCCACCCAAAGUAUCCACCCUCUCCUCCUGCCUGUCCUCUCUCAGAUCCCUAAUGAACUUCUCCUUCCUCUAUUCCCCUCUGUUAAGCUGAGUCCUUUCUGAGUCUUGUUACUUUUAAGUCAUACCUUCCUUUCAACCAUUGUUUUUUCUCCUUGGUCCACCUUUACUCUGUUUUACUUUGGAGUAGUACAUUCUGCCAGCCCUAGGGUGAGCCUCAGCCACCAACAAAAACAGGUUCAAAUAGACCAUAUAAGAAUCCUGCGUAAGGAGCUGGUGAAGGGCCUGUCUUUCAGGAAACAUUGUAUCUGUGACUGUGUGACAGACUAACCUACAAGCCAGUGACCUGGGCCAGGAAUCCAGUUCCACCAUUCAUCCUGUGUCUCUCCAUCGUUCUCCUGUGGCAGUGACGGGAGGCGUCUUCUCUCCCUAAUCAAUGCUCUCUCUGUCGUCAGAAGCAAUCUGGUUGGCUGUUCAUUUUUAUUUUUUUUGCUUCCCAUGUUGACCCUUUGGUCCGUUCCCUUCUGCAAACACACAGAGAAUACAACAGGAAGGAUCGAUAGAGAGAGAGAGGCAAACCAUUGGAAUAGAAGAGGGAUGGACUGUCUGGAUGGUAAUGGAAUUAGACGUGACACUGUCACUCCACCCCAUUCAUCAUCUCUGAUCUCUUUCUCUCCCACCACUGCAGUGAUUCUUCUCUGGCGGGACCCCCUUGUUGUCUGUGCGUGCUGUGGGUGAUGUGCUGUAACUCCAUGAAGUUCUAGAUCAAAAAAUUAGAAAAUUACUGAUAAAUUUCACCGGUCCAUGGGGGAAAUGUAAAAAGACGUUCCUAUUUUCUGGAGAGAAAAAAAAAGAAUAUUGACAGAAAAAGAGUAAAGUCAUCAAUGUUGUGUUUUGUUUUUUGUUUUAAAAAGCCUAAAGAGACCAAUCAAAAUGUUCUUCCAGAGACAGUAAAUAGAAGCAAAAAGACAGCUAUUCUGUCGUGUGUGUGUGUGUGUGUGUGUGUGUGUGUGUGUGUGUGUGUGUGUGUGUGUGUGUGUGUGUGUGUGUGUGUGUGUGUGUGUGUGUGUGUGUGUGUGUGUGUCAGCGAAAGUUAGCGUGUGAAUGCAAGUGCAAGUGUGAGUGAAAGUAUUGGGCUUGCACUGCUAUCAAAUGAAUAACGACAAUAUUACUGAUAAUAAUGAUGACAAUAAUAAUCAUCAGUAUUCUACUGGAUAUGUUUGAAGACUUGGAGAGGUCACAGCAGCUAAGCAGUGACAGAGAGCGAGGGGGACAGUCUGUAGGGUAGUGCCUGCUGCCUGGUGUGGAACGGUAAGCAGAGGAGGAACUUGACAUGAACCACCAGUCUUCAUCUGAGCUGCUUUCUCUCAAUUGCAUCAUCCACUGCAGAUAACCAUAAAAAAAUGCCCCUCUCCCAACCAAGUCAGUUUUGUUUCUAAUGGAACACUUAGCCAAAUAAUCUUGUCCCCAUCAAGGUUGGUAACGUUACCUGUUUGUCUCUGUCAGUAAUUUUGUGUAAUUCUGCCUGUCUGUUGGAACGUGUGUCUGUUACGUCAGUUAGUCUGUAAGUAAUUUAGUCAACAUCUUAUUCAUUAGUGUGCAUGUUACAGAACAUGUUGUUAUAAGAAUGUUAGUAGAUAAAUGUUUAGGGUCUUAGUGGAAGGCUGUUCCAUUACUGACCAAACCCCCUCUGCUCUGUCCUGCUCCUGAUGUUAGAUAGUUAGGGUGUUAAUGGGUCUUCAGGACCAGGGCUGUUUCAUUACAGACCAAACCCCCUCUGCUCUGUCCUGCUCCGGAUGUUAGAUAGUUAGGGUGUUAGUGGGUCUUCGGGACCAGGGCUGUUACGGACCAAACCCCCUCUGUUCUGUCCUGCUUCAGGACCAGGCUGUUCCAUUACUGGCCAGACCCCCUCUGCUCUGUACUGCUCCUGAUGUCAUCCUGGUGUGACCUGUUCCAAGCUUAAGUUUCUCUCUCAUCACACAAUGGGCUGAAUGAUAGCUACAAGAGUAAUAAUAUCAACUAAACCUAUUUUCUGUUUACAUUUGACUGUUUAUUUGUGUCUACUGAAUGUGUAUGUGUGUGUGUUUGCAAUGUGUGUAUGAGUGUGUCAACAUCUGACUGUUUGUAUUUACUGUGUAUGUAUGUGUGCUCGGUGUUCACUUUUGCCAUUUUCAUUUUCUUAUUAUGGAAUCUGUUUUUUUUUGCUGUUUUUAUUCUGUAUAAAGUAAUGUAGAUGUUCAGUUAAUUAUUUAUGUUGUCGCUGACCGCUAAGGAGGAGACACUAAUGAUUACUGGGAUGUUGGAACGUGACAAAGGGCAUGUGUCUACUUUCUAUUUGUUGGGGUUUUAUGGGUUGGUUGGGGAGGGGGCCAUAGACAUUCGAGAGUCUGAGUGAAGAGAGAAACAAGGAGAGGGGAGCUCAUUACAUCUGACAAUACCACAUACAGCAUAUUCUAUUCUAGCCCUUUUCUGUUGGGCAGAGGGACCAUUCACUCAGGCCUGUGUGCAUCAGGGGCUGUCCCUCCGCUGUAGGUCUGGCCCAACACGCUGUCCCUCCGCUCUAGGUCUGGCCCAACACGCUGUCCCUCCGCUCUAGGUCUGGCCCAACACGCUGUCCCUCCGCUCUAGGUCUGGCCCAACACGCUGUCCCUCCGCUCUAGGUCUGGCCCAACACGCUGUCCCUCCGCUCUAGGUCUGGCCCAACACGCUGUCCCUCCGCUCUAGGUCUGGCCCAACACGCUGUCCCUCCGCUCUAGGUCUGGCCCAACACGCUGUCCCUCCGCUCUAGGUCUGGCCCAACACGCUGUCCCUCCGCUCUAGGUCUAGCCCAACACGCUGUCCCUCCGCUCUAGGUCUGUCCCAACACCCUGUCCCUCCGCUCUAGGUCUGGCCCAACACGCUGUCCCUCCGCUCUAGGUCUGGCCCAACACGCUGUCCCUCCGCUCUAGGUCUGGCCCAACACCCUGUCCCUCCGCUCUAGGUCUGGCCCAACACGCUGUCCCUCCGCUCUAGGUCUGGCCCAAUACGCUGUCCCUCCGCUCUAGGUCUGGCCCAACACCCUGUCCCUCCGCUCUAGGUCUGGCCCAACACACUGUCCCUCCGCUCUAGGUCUGGCCCAACACACUGUCCCUCCGCUCUAGGUCUGGCCCAACACCCUGUCCCUCCGCUCUAGGUCUGGCCCAACACACUGUCCCUCCGCUCUAGGUCUGUCCCAACACACUGAGACUAAGACAGGCGAGGUCUCCAGACGUCAGUGCUGACGUACUUCAAAACCCCACUGUGACACACAUGCUUUUUGGCACAAGGUGCUCUUAAACACCCCCCCUCCCCCCUCUCCUCCAUAUGCUCUCACUCCCCAAGUGUCACAGAGAAAAGGUGAGACAGACAAUGAUCAUCACCUCAUUUGCAUCACUGCAAUCUCCAGGCAGAGCAGAACAUAGCAGAGCACCUACCUGCUCCUAAAAUAACUGGGAACAGAGUCACCUCCCUGCCUCAUACUGAGCACACAAGCAAACGAUACAUCAUUAUGCAUCAAACUCAGCAUUAAAUUGAAAAGAUCAACUAGAAUAGGAAACACAGAUAAAAUGGCACGAUUCAGGUGAAAAUGUAUUAUUUGUUUGACUUGAUUUACCUGAACUGAAAAUAGGUCCAGAAGCCAGGUAUGGUCCAUUUGCCUCUGAGGCAUUGAGCUGGGAUUCUUGGUAGAGUCCUUCCUUGGCCCUAGAAAAGCCCAGUAACAAUUCAUAACACAGAUCUAAAUAAAUCUGAAAACUGAUCAGUGUUCACUUAGAUUGAAAUCACCCUAAAUGUCUGAUUAGGGCUCUCUACACAGAUAUUGGUGGAGAUACAAGGAGGAUUGGCCAAAACAGGCCAGGAUUUUGUGACAUUGUAUAAAGGAUAAAUGAAAAUUGUGUAUGUAAAAACUCAUCAGUGUUAAUUGGGGAUGUUGAUAUCUGUAUGUCCUUGACAUCCCAUUGUCCCAUCUCUCGCUCUCUUCUGUUCUCUCUUUAGUCACACAUCUGUGGGGUGCACAAUCUUAUAUAUCAACCAUUUAUUUUUUGAAAUCUGUACAGUGUAUAAAUAUAGAAAUGUGUACAUAAAAAGAAGAAACUUCUAAAAUAGUUUUUGUUGUUUUUCUAAAGCCGAUUUACUGUGGUAUCUCAUAGUGGCUUGUGGCUUUCUCUCCCUAUUUGAUUUCCAUCAGAGGAACUUAGUAAGGAUUCCAACUGUUCCCACUGGCUAGUUCAGUUGAAACAGUAGUUCUGUUGCAGUAAAAACACUGUUGUGAAGAAUCAAGUCUGAACCUCGCCUUCAAACCUGGCCUUCAACUUGAACAUCAAAUUCAGUUCAUAGAGGAAUGAUAUACUGUACAUACACUGGUUUUCUGUCAACCCAAGCUGUAUUGAUUCCUUUAAUUAGAUGUUGUUUACUUUCAUAUUUUCACAGCUACAGUGCCUUGCAAAAGUAUUCACCCCUUGGCGUUUUUGCUAUUUUGUUGCAUUACAACCUGUAAUUUAAAUAGAUUUUUAAUUGGAUGUCAUGUAAUGGACAUACACAAAAUAGUCCAAAUUGGUGAAGUGAAAUGAAGAAAAUUACUUGUUUCCAAAAAUGCAAAAAAUGUAAACGGAAAAGUGUUGCGUGCAUAUGUAUUCACCCCCUUUGCUAUGAAGCCCCCAAAUAAGAUCUGGUGCAAUCAUUUACCUUCAGAAGUCACAUAAUUAAUUAAAUGAAGUCCACCUGUGUGCAAUCUCAGUGUCACAUGAUCUGUCACAUGAUCUCAGUAUAUACAGUUGAAGUUGGAAGUUUACAUACACUUAGGUAUGGGAAAAUCAAAAGAAAUCAGCCAAGACCUCAGAAAAAGAAUUGUAGACCUCCAUAAGUCUGGUUCGUCCUUGGGAGAAAUUUCCAAAUGCCUGAAGGUACCACAUUCAUCUCUACAAACAAUAGUAUGCAAGUAUAAACACCAUGGGACCAUGCAGCCGUCAUACCGCUCAGGAAGGAGACGCCUUCUGUCUCCUAGAGAUGAACGUACUUUGGUGUGAAAAGUGCAAAUCAAUCCCAGAACAACAGCAAAGGACCUUGUGAAGAUGCUGGAGGAAACAGGUACAAAAGUAUCCAUAUCCACAGUAAAACGAGUCCUAUAUCAACAUAACCUGAAAGGCCGCUCAGCAAGGAAGAAGCCACUGCUCCAAAACCGCCAUAAAAAAGCCAGACUACGGUUUGCAACUGAACAUGUGGACAAAGAUCGUACUUUUUGGAGCAAUGUCCUCUGGUCUGAUGAAACAAAAAUAGAACUGUUUGGCCAUAAUGAGCAUCGUUAUGUUUGGAGGAAAAAGGGGGACGCUUGCAAGCCGAAGAACACCAUCCCAACCGUGAAGCACGGGGGUGGCAGCAUCAUGUUGUGGGGGUGCUUUGCUGCAGGAGGGACUGGUGCACUUCACAAAAUAGAUGGCAUCAUGAGGAUGGAAAAUUAUGUGUAUAUAUUGAAGCAACAUCUCAAGAAAUCAGUCAGGAAGUUAAAGCUUGGUUGCAAAUAGGUCUUCCAAAUGGACAAUGACCACAAGCAUACUUCCAAAGUUGUUGCAAAAUGGCUUAAGGACAACAAAGUAAAGGUAUUGGAGUGGCCAUCACAAAGCCCUGACCUCAAUCCCAUAGAAAAUGUGUGGGCAGAACUGACAAAUAAUUUGCGAGCAAGGAGGCCUACAAACCUGACUCAGUUAUACCAGCUCUGUCAGGAGGAAUGGGCCAAAAUUCACACAACUUAUUGUGGGAAGCUUGGGGAAGGCUACCCAAAAAGUUUAACCCAAGGUAAGCAAUAUAAAGACAAUGAUACCAAAUACUAAUUGAGUGUAUGUAAACUUCUGACCCACUUGGAAUGUGAUGAAAUAAAUAUAACCUGAAAGAAAUCAUUCUCUCUACUAUUAUUCUGACAUUUCACAUUCUUAAAAUAAAGUGGUGAUCCUAACUGACCUAAGACAGGGAAUUUGUACUUGGAUUAAAUGUCAGGAAUUGUGAAAAACGGAGUUUAAAUGUAUUUGGCUAAGGUGUAUGGUAACCUCAGACUUCAAUUGUAUAUACACCUGUUCUGAAAGGCCCCGGAGUCUGCAACACCACUAAGCAAGAGGCACCACCAAUCAAGCGGCACCAUGAAGACCAAGGAGCUCUCCAAACAGGUCAGCGACAAAGUUGUGGAGAAGUACAGAUCAGGGUUGGGUUAUAAAAAAUAUCCGAAACUUUGAACAUCCCACAGAGCACCAUUAAAUCAAUGAUUAAAAAUGGAAAGAAUAUGGCACCGCAACAAACCUGCCAAGAGAGGGCCGCCCACCAAAACUCGCGGACCAGGCAAGGAGGGCAUUAAUCAGAGGCAGCAAAGAGACCAUAGAUAACCCGGAAGGAGCUGCAAAGCUCCAGAGCGGAGAUUGGAGUAUCUGACCAUAGGACCACUUUAAGUCGUACACUCCACAGAGGUGGCCUUUACGGAAGAAUGGCCAGAAAUAAGCCAUUGCUUAAAGAAAAAGAAUAAGCAAACACAUUUGGUGUUCGCCAAAAGUCAUGUGGGAGACUCUUCAAACAAAUGGAAGAAGGUACUCUGGUCAGUUGAAACUAAAAUGUAGCUUUUUGGCGAUCAAGGAAAACGUUGUCUGGCACAAACCCAACACCUCUCACCACCCCGAGAACACCAUCCCCACAGUGAAGCAUGGUGGUGGCAGCAUCAUGCUAUGGGGAUGUUUUUCAUCGGUAGGAAUUGGGAAACUGGUCAGAAUUGAAGGAAUGAUAUAUGGCGCUAAAUUCAGGGAAAUUCUUGAGGGAAACCUGUUUCAGUCUUCCAGAGAUUUGAGACUGGGGCGGAGGUUCACCUUCCAGCAGGACACUGACCCUAAGCAUACUGUUAAAGCAACACUUGAGUGGUUUAAGGGGAAACAUUUAAAAGUCUUGGAAUGGCCUGGUCAAAGCCCAGACCUUAAUCCAAUGGAGAAUCUGUGGUAUGACUUAAAGAUUGCUGUACACCAGCAGGAACCCAUCCAACUUGAAGGAGCGGGAGCAGUUUUGCCUUAAAGAAUGGGCAAACAUCCCAGUGGCUAGAUGUGCCAAGCUUAUGGAGUCAUAUCCCAAAAGACUUGCAGCUGUAAUUGCUGCAAAAGGUGGCUCUACAAAGUAUUGACUUUGUGGGGGUGAAUAGUUAUGCACGCUCAAGUUUUCUGUUUUUUUUUCUUAUUUCUUGUUUGUUUCGCAAAUAAAAAAUAUUUGGCAUCUUCAAA